AUGCCGCGGCUAUCGAGAGGGAGGACCGUAAAAGAGGCCGGCACCGGCGUACCAUCCAGUAUUAUCGACUGCAUUCAAACGGUGCUCGGUGCGGUAGGUGCCAAGAUGAAACCCGUAAAAAACUCCAUGUGGUGGCUUCUGUUUGUGUGCGCGGUUUUCCAUCGGACGAAAGCUCAGCUCAUCGGCGCACACCCGCAAUUCGCUCCCAACAUCGACAGGAGCACGAGACUUUCACCGCAACAACAAGGCCAGAUACUGAGCGAUAUCCAGCAGCACCAGCACAGGUUCCAGGUGUCGCAGAACUUCGACCAGCAGAACUUCCACAACCAGAACCACCAGCGGCAGAACUUCCAGCCGAACCCGUUCCAGCUGAACGCGCAGGAGGACUUCGCGCGCGCCGAGUUGCUCAACACCCUGCCCUUGCUCAAGUCCAUUCCGUCGAGCGUGGUUCCCACUCCGCAGCAGAACUUCCAGCAGGUAUCCUCGCCGACUGUCCUGACCCCGACCAACCGGAUUUCGUUUCCCAAACAACAGCCCACGGAGGCCGCCAAGCCGCUGGUUCAACACCUCACGCAGACCAAUUUUCAAGCGGCGCGCCAGCUGAACCCGUUCGGACCGCAGUUCGUCCAGCCGAGGCCCACGACCGAUCCGAUAGCGGUCAUUGAGGAGCAGAUUAAGCUUUUGGAUCCCGAGAAGCACAAGGCGAAGAUCCAGGAGUUGCGAGAGAAGCAAGGGAUCAUCGAAAAGCACAAUAAAUUCGUCGAGCGACAAUACGAGAAGGCUUUAAGGAAAGCCCAAGACGACCACCAGGAGUUCGUCGAGAAGCAAAGGGACCAGAAGAAGCAAUUGUAUCAAAGAUUGUACAAAACGAACAACGACAACUUCCAACAACCGCAAUCGCAACCGAGGUUUUUGUACCCAGAAGAAGUAAAUUUAUUCGAACAAGCGGUUAAGCAGUAUUACAUCGAACACCCAACUACUACUACAACUACAACCACUACAACAACUACAACUCCUAAACCUAUCAAAAAAUCAUCGAUUCCAAUAAAAUUGCCGAAUUUCCUGCCCACAGCCCUGCCUCAAUCUAAAAUCAAAACAAUCCAAUCCCUAGACGAUUUAAGUCAAUUGCAAAAGGAGUACAAAUCUCAAAGGAUUCGCAAAGACGACUUGCUGGAACAGCUUAGAUUAGCCAUAAGCAGAAGUCAAGAAGACGAAAAUAAUAAAAACCUUACAUCCAGGGAAAUUUCGCUAUCAAACGGUAAAAGAAUUCAAUUCAUUACAACCGAUAACGAGGCCAAACUACCGAAGGGGAAGCAACAAGAAAUAACUCUACCAGACGGUAAGAAAAUUUCAAUACUCAGACCUGAUGAUUCCGAAGAGAAAAGUAACGAAGAAGUAACGCUACCAAGCGGGCAUCAAGUGCAAAUAAUUCGAACCAGCGAUCCUAAUGCGAUUCCAAAGAGCGUUGGUGGAGUUCCGCAAGAAAUAACAUUACCAAACGGCCAGAAAGCACAAAUAAUUACCAGCCAGAAAAAUUCAGCUAACGAACCGACGCCUAUCGAUGAAAUUGUCCUUCCAAAUGGAGAAAAAGUGGAACUGAUUAAAACAUCAGACCCCAAUUUAAUAUCCGACGGGAUCAAAUUAGAACCUGGAAGCGAUUUGGAAAAAUUGGUUUUCGCCAGAACUACUACCACUAUCAAACCUCCGAUGGCCGUUUUAAAGGAACUUACCAAGAACGUGGCACCUUCGAAUUACGAACUGCUUAAAACAGGAGCCAGCGGCAACUUAGAAUCCAUCUCUAAAAACAUAUCGAAAGAAAAGAAAGUAACUUUUGUACUUCUCGAAGAACAAAGUGAUGGUACACUCAAAGUGCAAGGAGUCAAAGGAAACGACAAAGACAAAACAGUAGACAUCGACGCCUUGCUUAAUAAGAUAAAAAAAGGAGAAAUUAAAUUACCCGACAAUCUUAGCACAACCACUAAAAAACCCGAUGUUUCUUCUACCGCCAGGACCAUGCAAAGCUCGACUUUAAGGCCGAUCCAAGCCACCAUCACACCAAAUUCAUUUGCAACCGAAGAGCCUCAACAUUACUUCUCUACAACCGGUUUUGCCUCGGAAGAAUCCAGCGUGCCAGCGAUUAAAACCAACAUCGGUACGCAAAUAGUAGCUUCAUCUACCAUUGGCCCGUACUUCUCUAGUAGUACAACCUCCAGGAGUCAAAAGAAGACAAGAACGCCCCACAUCCUGAAUAAUCCUUCAAACGAUUUAUUGAAUCAAGCUUCCAACGUACAACCGUCUUCAAGUAAAAAUCUAUUAACGCCACAUUCAACUGAUGUUACCAUUCAACAGAGCGUAACACCUAGUGUUAACCUGUUUCCCAUACAAGAAACCUUUACUUCACCUGAUACUCAGAAAGAGGAACUUACUGAAAUUUUAAAGAAACACAACUUAUUCGCUAUGUCUAAAUUCUUGAAGCAAUCAGGGUUAGAUUCGAUUUUAAACGAAACAGGACCUUACACCAUAUUCGUUCCUACUGAUAAGGCUUUCAGGACUUUGUUAAUUCAGUUAGGAGGGCCCGAAAAAGCUGAGGAGAAAUUCAAGGAAAACCCGAGACUUCUGAGCGGGCUUUUACUGCACCACGUGAUACCAGGUGCAUUCAAAAUAAGUUCUCUACAGGACGAAAUGACUGGAGUUUCUUUGGCCGGAACGCAAUUGCGCGUUAAUCAGUACAAGAUGCACGAUAAAGAAUGGAACGAUGUUAAAGUAACUACAAUAAACGGGGCCAAAGUUUUGGAUGAAAACCAAGAUAUCGAGAUACCCCAAGGUAUCGCCCACUCUGUAGACAGGGUGAUGUUCCCUUUGCCAGUAGGCGAUAUCGUUCAAACACUUCAAUCAGACAGGGAGAGGAGAUUUACCAGCACCUUACGGGCUAUUUUCGCUUCAGGUUUAGAUGAGAUGUUGCAAGGAUCUAAAAUCUUCACACUUAUCGCCCCAACGGAGAAGGCUUUUGCAGGAUUGUCAGUGGAAGAUCUGAACAAACUCGUUACCGAUAAAGAAUUGGCCAAGGAAUUGAUUUUAAAACAUUUAGUUGUUGGUACGCUUUACACUAAUGGCAUGAGAUACUACCAAAUAAAAGACAGCCUUAUGCAAGAUCGACCAAUUACUUUCAGCAAACAAACAGGUAAAGUCAAGAUUAAUAAUAACUUAUUAUCGACACAGAACAUACCAGCAACCAACGGUGUCAUACAUGCCAUAGAUACCCUUCUCUAAAUUAAACAUUUGUUUUGAAUUUGAGUAAAUUCACCAGUUUUUCAUAGUUUGGUAAUUACUUCAUUGUUUGAUUAAAAAUGUGAAAAUCAAUAUUUUUAAAAUUUAAAAUAUUUGUUGGAAGGAAUAGGAGAGUUC